AUGGCUCAAACCUCCACUCCCGACAACCCCACUAAGCCGGUCCAGCUGAGAUGGCUGGAGGACCUGGAGAAGGACUUCGACAAGGCCUUUGUCGAGAUGGACCUGACGCUGGGCGAGAUCGACGCUGAUCAAGCCGACUUGGCCUACGAGUGUCGCCAGAAGAUGACGGCAAUCAGCUCGUGUUUCGCACAACUGGUGUGCAAGUGCCAAACCUUGGCUCACAAGAACAGUCGGCUUACGGUAAGUGUGUUUAUCUUCUGUUGAACUUUCGAGUGUUUGGGUCUAAAGUUAAGUUAUGAUAUGGUUAAGAUGAGGUUUUAAUUCUUGUUGUGGCAAAAUAUCUGUUAACCUUUUGUUGGAUUAAUUAGGGGUCUACUGCACUUUUAGUUAUAGUAAAUGGUGAUAUAAGUCACUUUAUAUAAAAUACGUAUCCAAAUAAGUUAGGAAUUUGACCGUUAUCUUAUGAUUCUAAUAUUUCAGGACCAAGUAGAAGAAUACCGUGACAUGUUGGCUGGAGUAAACGCCCUAUGCACUGUUGCAGAACAUGAAUCCCGUGACCUUACCCUUCAGAUCCACUCCCUCCAAUGCCAAUUAUACUCACGAACUGCUCCACACGAGUCUGAUAUGUUGAGGAAGAAGAUUGUAAGCUGUUUGUGCUUGUUGUUUUAGUUUUAUUUAGGGCAUGUUGAUAAAAAUGUGUGAUAUUUGAGUAGUAUUUGUGGAGAUGUUAAAUGGACCCGUUCAAACCAAAUUUCAUAUUGUUGAUCAUACGAUAUUAAUUUAGGACCAAGAGAUCCAACAGCUUCGAAGUCAACAGAUUCCGGCAGCCAAAGCAGAAGCUCAAGUUGAGAUUCUGACCAAAGAAAAUCACAAACUGAGACAGAUGCUAGGAUCAAUGCAAAGCGAGGUUUAUGCGGCAAGACUGGCAGCCAAAUACUUGGACAAAGAACUCGCUGGACGGUAAGAUACAAUAGCAUGGGAAAGAACUCUUUUAACAAUAUUUUGUAGUUAAAUGUAUAUUAAUUUUUUUAACAGCAGGGUAUAUCGAAGUUCCACUUAUUUCUUAAAAAAAAUAUUAUUUUCCCAUCUUAUAGUAGGCUUUACGACCUUAUAGUACUUUCCCGUCGUCCUAGUACAAUUUCCGAAAAGAAACCGGUUUGAAGAAGUAUAAUAUGGAAUGUUGGUAAACAAUUAAGCUAAUCCAAUUUCAGAAUCCAACAGAUUCAGCUUCUGGGCCGCGACAUGCGUGGAGCCGAGCACGAUCGCCUCUGGAACCAAUUAGAAGCCGAGAUUCAUUUGCAUCGUCACAAGACGGUAAUCCGAGCGUGCAGAGGACGACUACGCACCAGCACGUCACAGUCUACAGACAGUUCCAGCCUCAAGGGCAAGAAUUUGCACAAACACUCGGGUAAAGUGCGGAUCGUGAAUCUGACCAAAGAACCAAACGAAGGGCUGGGUAUCUCUAUUACGGUGAGUGAUCUUGCAGAUUCGAAAGACUUUUCGACCGACUUUAUUCGGAAUUUCGAAAUUAGUAAACAUAAGCUACAGAAUCUUGUUUUCCUCGAUUUUUGUAAAAUUUGCGCCAAAAAAUGAAAUUGCAAGUCGCGUCCUACAUUUUGCUAGCUGCGGCUUGCCACUUUUAUUUUCAUGAACAAUAUAAACGAAUGUAAAAUUUGAUUUACAAUUAGAAGAGUAUUUGCAUGAUCAGUUUCUUGAUUUUAAAAAGAUUAAAAAUGUAAUUUUUUUAGGGUGGAAGAGAACACGGUGUACCUAUUCUAAUAUCAGAGAUUCAUCCAGGACAGCCGGCCGAACGAUGCGGAAAGAUGUUUGUAGGCGACACGAUACUGGCUGUCAAUGGAAUUAACUUGAGAUCGGUGAAACACAACGAGGCUGUUCAGAUAUUGUCUAAACAGGUGGGUUACUGUAACUUUAUUGGGUGAUUAUGGUAGUUUUAGGGUGUUUACUGCCUGUUUUUGUUUAUAAUGUGUCUGUAAAUUACGUAUUAUUUAUGUUUAGAUGAUGGAGAACCGAGAGCUCGAGUUCGAAGUGGUAUUCAUUUCACCAGAUCCUGACAGCGAUGACGAGAAUGACGUCACAAUUGAAGGAGAAGAUGGAUCUACGUAGGUUCUGACACUUUGAGAUUUGCAUAUCUGAACGGUUAUGUUACGCUAGGUCACAGUAGUUUAUAGACAUUUAGAUGUGUUAUGAGUGUUAAGUGAAGUAACUUUUAAUGAUUUUUAGGUAUAAAAAUACGUUUUAAAGCAUUAUUUUGAGUUACAUUAAAAAAUAUAUACGAUUUUUGAUUUCAGCUUUAACCUGUAUCAGAACAUGGAAUCUCCAGAAGCCAUGCACGUUAACAGUAGCACGUGUUCCGCCAACUCUGGUCGAUCUUCGGUAGCAUCGUCGACCGAAGCUCCAAACCCUACGAUUGCUUCACCAACGAAAGCAGCUUGA